GUGGUUGUAGGGAAGGGACUAGAUAGACUCUUGGCAGAUAGGAUGCCUCUCAUGGUGAUCAGGGAAAUUGGCCAACUGUCCACACUAGUUAGGUCAGCUGCCUGCAAUAUUUAUGGAAAUGCUACACUUACCCAUUUGAAGACUUUUUUCUGAGAGUAUUUAUGAAAACUUGUCAACCCUCAAAAACAUGGUGGCUUUUUCAUUUACAGCUGCAUUAAAGACUUUUUUCAGAUCUGUCUCAUUUAUUUUGCUAACAAAGGACUUGGAAGAACCCGUACAGAAUCCAAGAUUUAUUUUCUUAUUUUAUUGCCUAACCUUGUGGCCUUGUCCUGGUGCAUGUGUUAAAUUGUCACUGAAGUUGGACAGGGCAAUACAGUCUCCACCCUUGACUCAUCAGUUGGAAAAACGAGAUGCUAACUUCUUCCGGUAUGGAUUUGCGGUAUGUGAACUCCCUUUUUAUGAAAUAUGCAGUUUAAAUGUAUCAAGAAUCCAGUGUUCGGAAUUAGGAUGCUGCUUCCACAAAGAAACGUGCUAUAAAAAAGCUGUACCACAAUACAUGAAAACCUUUGUUGCUUUUAUACUGAUCAUCAUGGUGAUCUUUGUUUUAUUUUUGGUGAUAAGUUGUUGUGGACGCAGGAAAAAAAGGGGGCCCUCAAUAGAAGAAGACAAACAAGCAAUAGUAGAAGACAAAUCUGAUACAAGUAGCAGUUCUUCUGAUUCUCAGGAACAAGAUGAUGAAGAUUAGCCCUGUGCGUGUGAAAAAAUAAAGCUCAUGAUAAAGAAAGAAACAAAGGGUGGCACUGGAAGUAUCAGAAGAAGAAUUACUCUCUGAUGAUGUGAAUCUGAUCUAUUUUAAACCAUGCCAUGUUGUUCUGUGUUACUCUGUUAAACUUCCUGUUUAAUUUUCAUUAGCCUUCAUAAAAUGUUGUGCAUUGUUUAAUAAUUUAA